AUGGGGGGCGACCCCCAGCAGGGCCUCUGGGCCCAGAGCGGCCACACUGGCCGCUGGGACCCAGCCGGGACCCAGGGGGGGCCGGGGCGGCCCCGCGGCUCACACGCUGCCCCCACAGCGCUGCUGUACGCCACCAUCUUCGGGAACGUGACGACCAUCUUCCAGCAGAUGUACGCCAACACCAACCGCUACCACGAGAUGCUCAACAGCGUGCGGGACUUCCUGAAGCUCUACCAGGUGCCCAAGGGGCUCAGCGAGCGCGUCAUGGACUACAUCGUGUCCACCUGGUCCAUGUCCAGGGGCAUCGACACCGACAAGGUCCUGCAGAUCUGCCCCAAGGACAUGCGGGCCGACAUCUGUGUGCACCUGAACCGCAAGGUCUUCAAGGAGCACCCCGCCUUCCGGCUGGCCAGCGACGGCUGCCUGCGCGCCCUGGCCAUGGAGUUCCAGACGGUCCACUGCGCGCCGGGCGACCUCAUCUACCACGCGGGGGAGAGCGUGGACAGCCUCUGCUUCGUGGUCUCCGGCUCCCUGGAGGUGAUCCAGGACGACGAGGUGGUGGCCAUCCUAGGGAAGGGGGACGUGUUCGGGGACGUGUUCUGGAAGGAGGCCACCCUGGCGCAGUCCUGCGCCAACGUCCGGGCGCUGACCUACUGUGACCUGCACGUCAUCAAGCGGGACGCCCUGCAGAAGGUGCUGGAGUUCUACACGGCCUUCUCCCACUCCUUCUCCCGGAACCUGGUGCUCACCUACAACCUGCGCCGGAGGAUCGUGUUCCGGAAGAUCAGCGACGUCAAGCGUGAGGAGGAGGAGCGGCUGCAGCGCAAGAACGAGGCGCCCCUCGUCCUGCCCCCCGACCACCCCGUCCGCCGCCUGUUCCAGCGCUUCCGGCAGCAGAAGGAGGCCCGGCUGGCCGCCGAGCGGGGCGGCCGCCUGCGGCGGUGGCCAGAGGACAGGGCGGACAGUGAGCGGGACGCAGGGCGGGUCCAGGCGGUGACCGGCUCUCCUGCCGGGGCCCUGACAGCAGCGCUGGGCUCACCCCGGGCCCCUCCUACGGCCUUGGGGCCCCGGGAGCCGGCCCGGGCCAAGCUCGGACUCCCCUGGGGUCCCGCCUCUGACAGCGGGGCCCUGACCGCGGCCCGGUGCCCGCGACUCCGGCCGACGCCCCACCCGCCGGGCAGUGUGCGACCCGGGCUCACAGGCCGCGGCUGGGAGGGGGAUCGGGGCUGGCCCGCUGACCGCGUGGGGUCAGGCCCUGCAGGGCGCAGGAAGCUCCUCCCUGCCGACGACACCCCACGGGACAGUGGCCGGGCAGCGGGCGGCCGGUGA